AUGGCCCGUUCAUUGCGGCACAAACAAUGGAGCGAAGAAGACAUUGAGCUAAUCUACCUCAACAGGAGACUCCGCGACUGCAAGAGUAGCGGCGGCGGCGGCUGCACCAUCAUCUGCGAAGGCUGCAUGGCUCAGAUUCUCGGCCUUUGGUACGCCUAUCAAAAGAGCCGCCUGCCCGCGUGCGAGGUUGCCAGGAUGCUGACCCCGGAGCGGCUCGCGGAGCUGAGGCACACGCACGCCGCUGAGAUGGCUGCCGUCGAGAGCGAGACGCUCGAGGCUAUGGGAGGCCACGACCCGCCGUCGCUCGACAGUCACCUCCUCAGGCUCUGGACCGGGAUCCUGCUCGACCACGACGACGAGCGGAAUCUGCUCCGUGCAAAGCUCAUGUUCGUCAUGAGGGGGAGCAAGUACGGGCUCUACGACCUCGUCGACGGCCCCACGCUGAGAGAGUGGCUGCAGGCGAUGGAGCAGCUCCAGAAGCGCCGCGUGCAGGAGCUGGAGCAGCUUGAGGCCUUGCAGCGCAGAAGCGACGGGAGCGGAAGUAGUCGCAGCAGCAGCAGCAGCAGCAGGAAGAAGAUGUGGUCGUCUUGCCGCUGCCGGUACGAGGACAUGGGCUCGGCGACGGCGCGCGGCUUCUGGGUCUUUAUCAAGCCGCGUCUCCACGUGUCCAUCGGCAACGCUAUUGAGAGCCACUACUUUGCCAACAACAACGCGCACCCCGUCUGCGCCGCCGACGUCUACAUCACCAUGGGCUACAGGCCGCUGCAGCAAGAUUUGGACAAGAUGGCGAGGGCUCACCGGACGGAGCUGGCGGUGCGGGAUAGGUUGUCGAUGGAGAUGCGGUUGGUCGAGGAGGCAUUUCGCGGGCUGGGCCCGGGUGGUUCUGGUUCCGGUUCUGGUUUUGUCGUCGAGCGGGGUGAAAGUGUCAGGCGGCAAAGUAGCAGUGCCGGCAAAAAGAGUCAUGUGUCUGCAGAAGAUGCUGAGAGGGAGGCUGUUCGGGUGGCGUAUGAGAGGGACAGCUGUAGUCUGGGCCCGCUUGCUCGUGCUUACACGGCGAGGCAGGCUGCGAGAGACGCAUUUGCCAAGUCUUGUGGACUUGGGCCAUGCUUCCAGCACCGUCCAUUACACAGCAGCGGCAGCGGCAGGAGCAGCAGCGGUGGCCCCAACAUCAGUUCGUCACAACCGCGCCGGGUCCCGACCGCCUACUCGCAGACGGCCGCCAACCUGCUGAUCGGCGCCCACACCCGCGUCCUCUAUCAAGGCUUCACGGGCCGGCAGGCCACGGCCAACGCCGCGGCGUCCAUGGAGUGGGGCACCAAGGUCGUCGGCGGGGUGUCCCGCGGCAGGACGGGCACGCACGAGACGCUGGGCCUGCCGGUGUUCCCCAGCAUGCGCGAGGCGGCGGCGUCGCUGCGGCCCGACGCGACUGCCAUCUUUGUGGCGGCGGACCAGACGGCCGCGGCGAUCGAGGAGGCGAUCGAGGCCGAGGUCGGCCUGGUCGUCGCCGUGGCCGAGCACGUGCCGCUGCGGGACAUGCUGCGCGUGCACGACGUGCUGCGCACCCAGCGCAGGACCCGCCUGGUGGGCGCCAACUCGCCCGGCAUCGUGGCGCCGCGCGGCCGCUGCAGGGUCGGCUUCCAGCCGCUCGGCGUCUUCAGCCCCGGGAAGGUCGGCAUCGCGGCCAGGUCGGGCACGCUGAGCUACGAGGUCGCGGCCAGCACCACCAGGGCCGGCCUGGGUCAGAGCCUGUGCGUCGGCGUCGGGGGCGACGUGCUGGCUGGCACCGAUGUGUGCGAGGCCCUGGCUGUGCUGCUGGAGCACGACGUUACCGAGGCUGUUGCGCUUGUGGGCGAGCUCGGUGGCGUUGGUGAGUUGGAGGCUGCUGAGCUGAUCAGGGAAUAUCGGAGGAGUGGUGGACAAAAACCUAUUGUGGCCGUGCUGGCAGGACUGGGCGUGGAAAGCGAGAGGGUCAUUGGUCAUGCCGGCGCGUUCUGGGAAAAAAGGACAGAGCUGGCAAAGACCAAGCAGAGGGCGCUGGAGGAGGUUGGCGUCAGUUUGGUCACACACCCCUCAGAGAUGGGCGAGGUCAUCAAAAGAAAGCUCCAAGGCGAUUCGAAACAGGCGUCCGAACAAGACCAACAGCCAAGGCGCGAGUUCCUCUGGGCAGGGUUUGAUACCGACAAAGGCGCCAUCGGCCAGGGGCAAAUCGACACCGCCAUGGUCAAGGACAGGGUUGAAAACAGCCUGCAGAGGCAUGGUAUAUCAUAUCAAUGGGAUGCUUCGGCAUCAUACCACGGAAUCACCGUCGAGGUUGAUAGAUCCGAUAGGCGCCUUGUGGUCAUGGUCGAGAAGCCGAGCAUGCGCACAAGACCGGUCGGGGUCCGACGCGAUUCCGGCAUGGAUGAGGAUGGCGCUGUGGCGCUGCUCGCCAAAGAACUUGGAGACCUGAGGCCCGGCGCAAGUCAGAGAGGAGACCCCUCUGCACCUAUGCCAGGACGAGACGCCGCGCAACGGCUUUGGACGUCGCUGACAGAUCUGAUGCACGAUCCCCUCCUGAACGCAUUCCGAGCCACGUUGCACAUGGACCAGCAUGCGCUAGACGACGCCGGAAAGCUGCUGGUGCGCGGCUACAGCCUAAAGCCGGUCCCCGUGGUGCCUGCCGCGCCAAAUUCGAGAUGCCGAAUCGAGGACGCCGUCGAGGCCGAGGCGGCCACGCACGGAAUAACACACUUUCUCCUCCCGACGGAACCCCACCAGAGGAGGUGCAUUGGGGUGCUGAGCAACGGCGCAGGCCUGGCCAUGAACAUGAUCGACUCGCUCCACGCCGAGCUGGGGAGGAGGAGGAUGGGGGCUGCGGCUCGGGAUAGGGGCGCGAAGGUGGAGGCGGAGGUGGAGCAGGAGGUUGCCGUCGCCAACUUCCUGGACACGGGCGGCAAAGCGACGAGCGAGACCAUCAGCCGGUGCUUGGGAUGGAUUCUAAGGGACGAGCGGAUCAGGGUGGUGUUUGUCAACAUAUUUGGCGGCAUAAUCAGGGGGGACGUCAUUGCCGAGGGGCUCAUCAUGGCGUUGAGGGAGAUGCGUGAAGGGCGAGCGGUGGGUCAAGGUGCCGGCAGAGCAGCCGUGCCUCUGGUGGUGCGGAUCAGGGGCACGCGGGAGAAGGAAGGACAGGCGCUGCUUGCUGAGAGUGGGCUGGAUGGGGUUUACGUCUUUGAUGACUUUCACAGGGCGUCGGACAUGGCUAUCGAGCUGGCUAAGCUGGCGAGAAUAGAGGACUCCAAGCUGUGA